AUGGAAUCUGAGAACGACGGUAGCCGUGGGCUUAGAAUCACAACUUGGAAUGUCAACGGUAUUAGGAAUCCAUUUGGUUACCAACCAUGGCGUGAGAAGAGAACAUUUUCUGCGAUGUUUGAUAUCCUCGAAACCGACAUUCUGGUGAUGCAAGAGACCAAAAUUCAGAGGAAAGAUCUUAGAGAUGACAUGGUCCUAGUAUCGGGCUGGGAUGUCUACUUUAGUCUGCCAAAGCACAAGAAAGGAUAUUCCGGCGUUGCCAUAUUUACAAGGAAUUCAGUAUGUGCUCCAAUACGUGCUGAGGAGGGAAUCACCGGAGUUUUGACUCCUCCAAACUCCACGACCAGCUUCCGUGACCUUCCCAAGGAUCAGCAGAUUGGGGGGUAUCCCACAGGCGCCCAACUUCAAGAUUACUUCCUGGAUGCCGCUACUCUGGACUCUGAGGGAAGAUGCGUCAUUCUGGAAUUCCCUGCUUUUAUUCUCAUUGGUGUAUACUGUCCUGCGAACCGGGACGAAACUCGUGAUGACUUCCGACUUGGCUUCUUGAACGCUCUUGAUACACGCGUACGCAAUCUCGUAGCUCUUGGAAAAAGUGUUUUCUUGACUGGGGACCUUAAUAUUAUCCGAGAGGAGAUCGACACGGCCAAUGCAGGAGAACAGUUGAAACAGCAGGGAAUAACGCCGGAAGAAUAUAUAACAACGCCCGCUCGUCGUCUAUUCAAUCAUUUACUCCUCGGAGGAAAAGUUGUUGGGGAUAGAGAUGAAGGAAGGGAGACACAGAUUAUGUGGGAUAUAUGUCGCGGCUUUCAUCUUGCACGGAAGGGAAUGUUCACUUGCUGGGAUCAGAAGACGAAUGCCAGACCUGGCAAUUUCGGCUCAAGGAUCGAUUACGUCCUUUGCAGCGAGGAUAGGCAAGAAUGGUUUCAGGGGUCAAAUAUACAGGAGGGACUUAUGGGAUCGGAUCAUUGUCCCGUUUUUGCUACCCUGAAGCCCAAAGUGGAGUUUAAUGGUGUCGAGGUCGAUAUUCGCGAUGUUAUGAGCAAGGAUAUGUUCAAAAAUGGAGUCAGGGUACGGGAGUGGUCGCUGAAGGAUCUACUGCCAACGUCAGCGAAAUUAAUUCCAGAAUUUGAUCGACGUCAGAGUAUUCGUGACAUGUUUACCAGGAAACCGACCAGCUCAACGACUGUUGCAGCAUUACCCUCGAGUACGUCGAAAACGAUAAAUGGGAUGGAGGUGUUGGCAUCAAAAGAUCCAACACCCAGUCUUUCCAAACAGGCCGACACUCUUGAAAUCUUCACUGUUAGGACAAUAUCUCCCACGAAACCUUCCAUAUCAUCGCCGUUAAACAACUCGGUUAAGAGGUCUGCUGGUGUAUUGGCGCCAACACCGUUAUCGAAGCGCAGCAAGGCAGAAAACAAAACAAACAAAGGAUCUUCUGGUGGGAAGGGGAGCAAAGGACAAAGUAAUCUGAUGGGUUUUUUUAAGCCCAAGACGCCGCCAGCAGUAGCUACCCCUUCAUCGACGAGUAACUCUGCUGCGGAAACGCCUAUAGCAUCAACAUCAUCGGCCGAUCAGGAAGGACUUGCUGGCUCUGACAUGGAGAAUAAUUCGGCCCUGAAGGCCACGAAGGAUAUAACCAGUGAGGAAGAGGUCAAGGAAUCAUUUACACCACUAGAGCAGACAGAAGUACAUGAUCCCAUAGUAGCGAAGGAAUCUUGGUCGAAACUAUUAACGAAACGCAUUGCACCCAGGUGUGAACAUAAUGAGCCAUGCAUCAGCCUUAUCACAAAGAAGCAAGGCAUCAACCGUGGCAGGUCUUUCUAUAUGUGCUCUCGUCCUCUAGGACCAUCAGGUCAGCAAGAGAAGAAUACUGAAUGGCGCUGUGGGACAUUCAUCUGGAGUAGUGAGUGGAAUGGGAAGGAAAGUUGA